AAGGAAUCUAUGGAACUUAUUGAGGAUGAACAGCUGGAAUUGAUGGAGUUGGCUGCCUCAAGCAAGGGGUUUUCCUCUAUUAUACGUCUUGAUUUUGAUACUUUGCAAAACCUUGAAUCAUAUAAGGAUUCGUUGUGUGUUUUCCCACCCAAGAGUGUAAAGCUAAGAAAACCAUUUGCUAUCCAACCCUGGAUCAACUCUGAAGAGAAUGUUGGUAACCUGCUCAUGGUUUGGAGAUUUUUGAUUACUUUUGCUGAUGUUCUGGAGUUAUGGCCUUUUACUCUCGAUGAGUUUAUGCAAGCAUUUCACGACUAUGAUUCAAGACUGUUGGGUGAGAUACAUGUUGCUCUUCUUAAAGUGAUAAUAAAAGACAUUGAGGAUGUUGCAAGGACACCUUCUACAGGAUUAGGAAUGAAUCAGAAUGGUGCUGUUAAUUCUGGAGGUGGCCAUCCAGAGAUUGUGGAAGGGGCAUAUGCAUGGGGGUUUGACAUACGAAAUUGGCAUAAGCACUUAAAUCAGUUGACAUGGCCGGAAAUCUUCCGACAGCUAGCAUUAUCUGCAGGAUAUGGACCACAGUUGAAGAAAAGAAGUGUUACAUGGUCCUAUGAAAAAGAUAAAGACGAGGGCAGAAGUUGCGAAGAUAUCAUUUCUACACUUCGUAAUGGUUCAGCAGCCGAAAAUGCAGUUGCAAAAAUGCAGGAGAAAGGGCUAUUAGCACCUCGAAGAUCUAGGCAUAGGUUAACUCCUGGAACAGUUAAGUUUGCAGCAUUUCAUGUUCUCUCGCUUGAGGGUAGCAAGGGAUUGACAGUACUAGAGCUCGCAGAAAAAAUUCAGAAAUCUGGUCUUCGGGACCUGACAACCAGCAAGACACCUGAGGCAUCCAUUUCUGUUGCUUUGACAAGAGAUGCCAAGCUUUUUGAAAGAAUAGCUCCAUCAACGUAUCGUGUUCGUUCUGCAUUUAGAAAAGAUCCUGCUGAUGCUGAGUCCAUUCUGUCUGAAGCAAGAAAGAAAAUUCAGAUAUUUGAAAAUGGGUUUCAAGCUGGGGAAGAUGCUGAUGAUGUUGCAAGAGAAGAAGAGUCUGAAAGUGACGAAGUUGAUGAGGAUCGUGAAGUUGAUGACUUGGUAAAUCCUUCAAUUGCUAAAAAAACAUCUGAACUGUGUGAUGAUUUAUCAUCAAAUGGAAAAGAAAAUUUGGUUAAUGAUGUAGAACUUCAAGAUGAGUUUGAUAAGGAUAUGCCUUGUUUUCCUGAGAAUGGUUCAAAGAAUACCGAUUGUGCAAGUACUGCCACUGGACAACCUGUUGCUUGUGAAGAUCUGAAUGCUGGAAAUCUUGGUGAAGAUAAUACGGAAAUUGAUGAAAGCAAGUCUGGAGAAUCAUGGGUUAAAGGGCUUGCAGAAGGAGAAUAUUCUGAUCUCAGUGUAGAGGAGCGUCUAAAUGCUCUUGUUGUGUUGGUUGGUGUGGCAAACGAAGGAAAUUCAAUCCGUGUUGUUCUUGAGGAUCGUUUGGAAGCAUCAAAUGCACUGAAGAAGCAAAUGUGGGCAGAAGAAGCACAGACAGACAAAGUUCGUCUGAAAGAUGAUAUUUUUAAUAAAUUAGAUUUUGCAUCUAUGGGUGGCAAUAAAGUUGAAACACAAGACACAUGUCCUAUUGUGGAGGGCCACCGAAGUCCAUUGCUUGACAUUAAUAUUGACGCUGAUAAUAAUGAGGCAUCACCCAGCACUGCAGAAAAUCAAAAAGCAGCUCCUGUUGCACAGAGCCUGUCUGUUGAAAGGCCCUCUUCAGUUCAAGAUCUCUGUACAGGUCCAGAUAACCCUCAGGCUCAGCUAUCUGCACAAUAUUCAAAAAGGUCACGAUCCCAGUUGAAAUCUUAUAUUUCCCACAUAGCGGAGGAGACGUUUGUCUACAGAUCCUUACCCCUUGGCCAAGAUCGCCGACGUAAUCGAUAUUGGCAAUUUGUUGCAUCUGCUUCUUGCAAUGAUCCUGGCUCUGGCAGGAUCUUUGUUGAAUAUCAUGAUGGAAAUUGGAGGCUUAUUGAUUCUGAAGAGGCCUUCAAUGCACUUUUGAAUUCACUGGAUUCACGUGGGAUGAGGGAAUCUCAUUUGCGUUUGAUGUUGCUGAAGAUUGAAAAUCCGUUUAAGGAAAAUGUUCGAAAGAACACACUUAGCAACAAAAUUGGAAGCAGAGAUGAAGCUGAUGAAACUGAUUCCAGUCCUGAUCUCCAGACUGGAACUGACACUCCUAGCAGUACUCUUUGUGGCUUGAACUCUGAUGUUUCAGAAACUUCAUCAUCCUUCAAAAUUGAGCUCGGGAAAAGUGAGAGCGAGAAGAAAGCUGCCUUGAGAAGGUAUCAAGAUUUCCAAAAAUGGAUGUGGAAAGAAUGCUACUGCUCAUCAAUAUUAUGUGCAAUGAAACAUGGGAGAAAGAGAGGCAGCCCUCAGGUUGACAUCUGUGAUAUCUGUCUCAACCCUUAUUUCUUUGAAGACUCUCAUUGCAAUUGUUGCCACCGCACUUUUCCCUCAAAUAAUGGAUUUAAUUUUUCUAAACAUGCAUUUCAAUGUGGAGACAAGUUAUCCAAAGAUAUUAGUAAUUUAGAUUCUUCUCUUCCCUUGCGGACAAGAUUGUUUAAGGCUCUUCUUGCUUUUAUUGAGGCAUUUGUUCCACCUGAAGCAUUUCAAUCAAUUUGGAAAGAAGAUAUUAGGAGGCAUUGGGGUCUGAAGUUAAGCAAAUCAUCUUCUGCUGAUGAACUUCUACAGAUAUUGACCCUACUUGAGAGAGCAUUAAAGCGAGAUUUUUUAUCAUCAACCUUCACUACAACAGAGGAACUGUUGCGGUCGAGCAGUAUGUCAGAGAGUGCUGCACAUACUUCUACUAAUCCUGAAUCAGUUGCUACACUUCCAUGGGUUCCACAGACUACUGCAGCUGUGUUUCUUAGACUUUUUGAGUUGGAUGGAUCCAUAAUCUAUGUACCGCGUGAGAAAACUGAGCUUCGUGAGGAGAAAGACUCUAGGGAGUGCAUAAAGCUUCCUUCAAGAUAUAAUCCCUCCAAAUCUAGUAAAGUGGUUGAACCAGAACCAGCAGAUUCGGACCAUGAUGAUUUCAUGAAAGUUAAAUCUGCUCCUAUGAAAAUUGCACGGAGCAGCAAUAAACGUGGACGAGGGAGUCAUGAUAAAGGACGGGGUAAAAAGCUAUCUAAAAGAAUGAGGGAUUCUAAACGAGAUACCAGCCGCAAUGUUAAGGUCACUGAGAAUCUAAGUCAGAGAAUUAAACAGCAGGGACGAGGAUCACAAGGACAAGCUGGUGGACGUGGUCGCCGGACAGUGAGGAAAAGGAGAGUGGAAAAAAGGGCUGUUGAAGAUUUGUUGCUGGGCCAUGGGGCUGCCUCUCAUAGCUCCAGUAUCGGUAGGGAACCAUUGAGAAGCUUGGAUGAGGAUUGGGAUGAUAGAAAGGCAAGUCCCAUGACUCCCAUCCACAUGGGGGCUGCCGACAUCAGUAACAGUGCUGAAGAGGCUGAAUCUGGUGAUAAUGCUCAAGCAGUGGAAUCUGAUGAUAAUGCUCAAGCAGUGGAAUCUGAUGACAAUGAUGAAGCAGUGGAAUCUGAUGACAAUGAUGAAGCAGUGGAAUAUGAUCAAGGAAACUGGGAGAUUGGUUUUAGCGGUACCCCCAACAGAUGGAGUAGGCAUUUGGUUAAUAUGAGUGAUGAAGAUGUGGAAGCUUCUGAAGAUGACAAUGACAAUGGCAUUGAAGAGGAGGAUUCAGAGGCAGAUGUUAUGAGCGAGGGUUCAGAUGGUAUGGCUAAUGGAGUUGUAAAUGGAGCAGGCUCAGACUCGGCUGAUUCUGAAGAUUCUUCUGAUUAGAGCAUAGUUUUUUAGCUGAUCAACUAAAAGGAUUGCAUUUCAAAGCUGCAUUACAUUUUUGAUAUUGCAGCUUUACAAAGUACCUGAACUCCUAGUCAGUCAUGUCAUGGCUUGAAGAGUUUUAUGGUUGAGAAGACUUACAUAGUAUAUUUUAUCCAUGCAGAGUGGAUCCUUGUAUUUUUAAGCAUUUUGAAGCCGAGGGCCUUUAAAGCCAGCCUCAUUUCAUUUUGUUUUUUAUCCUUAUAAUAGGUAUUCAUUAAUUAAUAUAGUCUUAUACCUUAAUUAUCA